CUUCCCGCUCCCGCGGCGCUGCAACUCUGCCGAGCCUCCUUAAAACUCUGCCGUUAAAAUGGGGGCGGGUUUUUCAACUCAAAAAGCGCUCAAUUUUUUUCUUUUCAAAAAAAGCUGAUGAGAUCGGAAAAAAGGGAGAAGAAACCGGCACCCUCUUUGAGAGGCAACAGAAGCAGCAAUUGUUUCAGCGAAAAAAGCAGCAACGGAGGGAGUGAAGGAAAAAAGCAAAAAAGGGGGCGACACGCAAGUGCCUGUAGGGGUGAAAGGAGCAGGGACCGGCGAUCUAGGGGGGGAUCAGCUACAAAAGAAACUGUCACUGGGAGCGGUGCGGCCAGGGAGGAAGCAGUGCUGCCAGGCUCGGCUCCAGGGCACAGCUGGCUGGCGGCUGCCCUGUCCGCAGCAAAGGGGCACAGGCCGGGGUCCGCGAGAGGUGGCGAAGUGGCACCGGGCGCCGAAGCUGCUGAGCGCUCGCCGAGACGGCGACGGGACUGGCUGCGCCCUGGAACUGCGGCGACUCUCCCUACUCUGAACUUGGCCUACGUUUCCCAGGACUCUCCCCAUCUCCGGAGACCCCCACAAAACGGGGAAAGGAAGGAAAGGACAGCGGCGGCAGCAGCUCAAUGAGUGCCUACGGCAGAAAGCCUGAACGAGCGCGGUCGUAGGCGGGAAGUUCCCGGGGGGCUGCCCAGUGCAGCCGCAAUGCUGCCGCGAGCUGCCCCAGCACUCCGGGCCCCGUAGACGCUUCCCGCAUCGCUCUCCUUCUUCAGGCUGCCGGGAGUCCCGGGACCUGGCGGGGCCGGCAUGACGGGCUUCUCGGGGGCCCGCUGCACGCCCGGCAGCCUCCGGAGACGCGCGCCGAGCCCGGCUCCCACGGCCUCUGAGGCUCGGCGGGGCUGCGGCUGCCUGGCGGGCGGGCUCCGGAGCUUUCCUGAGCGGCAUUAGCCCACGGCUUGGCCCGAACGCGACUAAAGGCUCUUCUGGAGAAGCCCAGAGCACUGGGCAGUCGUUACGACCUGUAACUUGAGGGCCACGGAACUGCUACUCCCGUUCGCCUUUGGCGAUCAUCUUUUAACCCCGCGGAGCACGUCAGCAUCCAGCCACCGCGGCGCUCUCCCAGCAGCGGAGGACCCAGGACUAUCCCUUCGGCGAGACGGAUGGAAACCGAGCCCCCUGGAGGACCUGCCCCUGCAGUUCUGCCUCACACGGCUCAAGUCACCACCGUGAACAAGGGACCCUAGAGAAUGGCCGAGCCUUGGGGGAACGAGUUGGCGUCCGCAGCUGCCAGGGGGGACCUAGAGCAACUUACUAGUUUGUUGCAAAAUAAUGUAAACGUCAAUGCACAAAAUGGAUUUGGAAGGACUGCGCUGCAGGUUAUGAAACUUGGAAAUCCCGAGAUUGCCAGGAGACUGCUACUUAGAGGUGCUAAUCCCAAUUUGAAAGACCGAACUGGUUUCGCUGUCAUUCAUGAUGCGGCCAGAGCAGGUUUCCUGGACACUUUACAGACUUUGCUGGAGUUUCAAGCUGAUGUUAACAUCGAGGAUAAUGAAGGGAACCUGCCCUUGCACUUGGCUGCCAAAGAAGGCCACCUCCGGGUGGUGGAGUUCCUGGUGAAGCACACGGCCAGCAAUGUGGGGCAUCGGAACCAUAAGGGGGACACCGCCUGUGAUUUGGCCAGGCUCUAUGGGAAGAACGAGGUUGUUAGCCUAAUGCAGGCAAACGGGGCUGGGGGAGCCACAAAUCUUCAAUAAAUGUGGGGAGGGCUCCCCCACGUUGCCUCUACUUUAUCAAUUAACUGGGUAGCUCUCCUGACCCUUAAUGUCAUUUGUUAAAAUACAGUUCUGUCACAUGUUAAGCAGCGAAAUUUUCUGAAACUGCAUAAGUGAAAAUCUUACAACAGGUUUAUGAAUAUAUUUAAGCAACAUCUUUUUCACCUGCAAAAUCUGUUCUAACAUGUAAUUGCAAAUAGCUUUGACUUUCUUCUGAAUAUUUUAUCUUUCCUUGGCUUUUCCCUUGCUUCCCCUUUUGCCAAUCUCAACACCCAACUUGAAGACUUUGUUUUUAAAAUGGUUUGUCCUGAUGCUUCUUUUGUCUAAUUAAAAUACUUUCAAAAUAGGA